UUUGGGCGUGUCCCACUCAAACUGGCAGAUUUCACUUCUGUGUCUUUACUGCUCUGUUUGAUGAUCGUCAGACUCUCCAGUUGUUGGAGUCUCGAACAGAGAUGAGUUUCUACAGCGAUGCUUCCACCGAGGACACGAGCGACGAGUUAGAGACUCUGGGGUGGUACCACUAUGACCUGUCCCGUCAUGCUGCAGAGGCUCUUCUCUUGUCCAAUGGGACUGAUGGAAGUUAUCUCCUCAGGAACAGUAAUGAGGGUCCGAGCUGCUUCGCCCUGUCAGUGAGGGCAAAGGACUCGGUCAAGCAUUUUCACGUGACACGCAGAGACAACACUUAUGUGUUCGGGUUCAAUGAGUUUGCAACACUCCAGGACUUUGUCAACCACUUCGCAAACCAACCUCUGCUGGGCAGUGACACAGGAACCCUCAUUGUGCUGAAGUGUCCGUACCCGUGGCGAGUGGAGGAGCCGUCCAUCUAUGAGUCUGUGCGAGUUCACACAGCGAUACAGACGGGCCGCACGGAAAAUGACCUGGUGCCGACUGCACCUUCGCUGGGCACAAAGGAAGGCUACCUGGUGAAACAGGGAGGGAUCGUGAAGAGCUGGAAGCAGAGGUGGUUCACACUCAACAGAUACGAGCUGAAAUACUUUAAAGACAAAGUGUGCACGGAGCCCAUCCGAACCCUGGACCUGAAGGCCUGCUCUGCGGUCCAGUUCGACUACUCUCAGGACAGAGUCAACUGUUUCUGUCUGGUGUUUCCUGAGAGGACGUUUUAUCUGUGUGCAAAGACGGGCGUGGAGGCGGACGAGUGGAUCAAGAUGCUGAGGUGGAAACUGUCACAGAUCAGAAAAGGUCGAUGAGAGCGGUGAGCGGACCGGGAUAGAAGCCCUCCGCUCUCAGAGGACGUCGCAUCAACUGGAUGAAGAAUAAGGAACAGUUGAAGACUCAAAGAUAACACUCGGACACACACACACACACACACACACACACACACACACUCUGAGUGUGCAGAUGUGAUGUAUUUAUUUCAUACAGAGAGGCUAACGUCUGAUGUGUUACAGCUGCUCUCUUUAGUUUUAUUACAUUUUACUCAAACAGGAAAUAGUUGGGGGACUUUUUCUUCUUAGUUAUUUCAGCAGUGAAACGAAGUGUUGUAAACUCACUGAACAACAUGUCGUCUUUUCUGAUUCCUCAUAAACAUGUGAAGUGUUAUCAAAGGAUGAAAGCAGAGAGGCUUAUUGUACCUGAAUCUGUUUAUAAAUUAAAUCUGUAGUAACGCUGUUCAGACAGAGAGGAUGUACACUACCAGUCAAAAGUUUGGAAACACCAUCUCAUCAAGUGUCUGUAUUUAUUGUAAUUAUUUGAAACACUGUAGAUUAAUACUGAA